AUGAAGGGACACGUUGCCAUGCUGCUAGUGGCAGCAACGGCACAAGCACACUAUACCUUCCCUCGCCUAGUAGUCAAUGGCAAGGCCGAAGCAGCAGACUGGACUGCAACACGUAUGACCAAGAACGCACAAAGCAAGCAGGGGAUCGAGAAUCCUACCGUUGCCGACAUACGCUGCUACCAGUCUCAUAAUGCCCCCGAGGUCGCCGAGGUACCCGCCGGAGCAACAGUGCACUAUGUCUCUACUCAACAGGUCAACCAUCCAGGCCCGACACAGUAUUACAUGGCUAAGGUGCCAGCAGGACAAAGCGCCAAAACCUGGGACGGCUCCGGGGCUGUCUGGUUCAAGAUAUACAGUAGCGAGACACCCAAGGUGGACAACAACAAGCAGCUCUUUUGGCCCGGACAGAAUGAAUAUACACUAGUGCCAGCUACCAUUCCAAAGAACAUUCCCAACGGCGAGUACCUCUUGCGUGUGGAGCACAUUGCUCUGCACAUGGCUUCGCAAGCCAACAAGGCACAGUUCUACCUGUCUUGCUCACAGAUCAACGUUUCUGGUGGUGGCAGCGGUACUCCCGGCCCUCUUGUUGCAUUCCCAGGGGCUUAUAGGAGCACAGACCCGGGUAUUCUGGUCAACCUGAACACUGUCGCAACUUCACCGGCAUCAUAUGUUGCACCGGGGCCGGCUGUGUGGAGAGGGUAA